AUGAGUCUCCGAAAGCAGACCCCGAGUGACUUCCUGAAGCAAAUCAUCGGCAGACCAGUGGUGGUCAAGCUGAACUCCGGCGUCGAUUACCGAGGAGUUCUGGCUUGCCUUGACGGUUACAUGAACAUCGCCAUCGAGCAGACGGAAGAGUAUGUCAACGGGCAGCUCAAAAACAAGUACGGUGAUGCCUUUCUACGAGGUAACAACGUUCUUUAUAUCAGCACACAGAAGAGGAAAGUCUAG